AUACAGAUGUAUCAGUUUAGUUAUAUUGUUGACAUGGAGAGUACAAGCCUGAGCCCUGGUGUUGUAUGACUUUGUCCAGAAGACACAGCCCAUAGUGGAGGAAGAGGGAGAGGAGGAGGUUAGAAAACAACCGGACCCACUUCACCAGCUCAUUCUGCAUUUCAGCCACAACGCUCUGACUGAGUGCAGUUCUUUGGAAGAAGACCCCCUGUAUAUUGCAUAUGCAGAUAUGAUGGCAAAGAGUUGUGCGGAAGGUGAAGAAGAAGAAGAGGAGGAAGGAAAAGAAAAAACAUUUGAGGAAAAGGAAAUGGAAAAGCAGAAGAUGCUUUAUCAGCAGGCCAGACUCCAUGAUCGAGGGGCUGCAGAGAUGGUGCUGCAGAUGAUCAGUGCCAGUAAAGGCAGGACAACACACACACACACACACACACACACACAAACAAUCUGAUUUCCUACACCUGCCCUCUCUGAUCAAACUGUGGUGUCUGAUUUGUGAUCGUUAGGUCGACUUGGUGCUAUGGUGACAUUCACCCUCAAGCUGGGCAUCUCCAUUCUGAACGGGGGGAACACAGUGGUCCAGCAGAAAAUGCUCGACUACCUGAAGGAAAAAAGAGAUGUUGGCUUUUUCAAAAGUUUGUCUGGACUGAUGAUGUCUUGCAGUGUUCUGGACUUGAAUGCUUUUGAAAGGCAAAACAAAGCUGAAGGUCUGGGGAUGGUUACUGAAGAAGGAUCAAUCAACGUGAGUGAGCGGGGUUCCAAGGUUCUGCAGAACGAUGAGUUCACUCAGGACCUCUUUAGGUUUCUGCAGCUUCUCUGUGAGGGCCACAACAAUGAUUUUCAGAACUUCCUGAGAACUCAGACAGGGAACACAACUACAGUCAACAUCAUCAUCAGCACUGUGGACUACCUCCUCAGACUCCAGGAAUCCAUCAGUGACUUCUACUGGUACUACUCUGGUAAGGACAUCAUCGACGAGGCCGGUCAGAGGAACUUCUCCCAAGCUCUGGCAGUGGCCAAACAAGUCUUCAACUCAUUAACUGAGUAUAUACAGGGUCCAUGCAUCGGUAACCAGCAGAGUCUGGCCCACAGCAGACUGUGGGACGCUGUGGUGGGAUUCCUGCACGUGUUUGCCAAUAUGCAGAUGAAGCUAUCACAGGACUCCAGUCAGAUUGAAUUACUGAAGGAGCUGCUGGACCUGCAGAAGGACAUGAUCGUUAUGAUGCUGUCUCUACUCGAAGGUAACGUUGUCAAUGGCACCAUUGGCAAACAAAUGGUGGAUACUUUAGUUGAAUCUUCCAGCAAUGUGGAGAUGAUCCUGAAAUUCUUCGAUAUGUUCCUCAAGUUGAAGGACUUGACCACGUCCGACAGCUUCAGGGAGUAUGACCCUGAGAGCAAAGGGAUCAUCUCAAAGAAGGAUUUCCAGAAGUCCAUGGAGAACCAGAAGCAGUACUCCCAGUCUGAGAUCGAGUUCCUCCUCUCGUGUGCCGAGGCGGACGAGAACGACAUGUUCAACUACGAGCAGUUUGUGGAGAGGUUUCACGAACCCGCCAAAGACAUUGGCUUUAAUGUAGCCGUGCUGCUGACCAAUCUCUCUGAGCACAUGCCUCACGACGCUCGCCUCUCAACGUUCCUCGACCUGGCAGAGAGCGUUCUCAGCUACUUCGAACCUUAUCUGGGUCGCAUCGAGAUCAUGGGGGGAGCCAAGCGCAUCGAGAGAGUCUACUUCGAGAUCAGCGAGUCGAGUCGUACCCAGUGGGAAAAGCCUCAGGUGAAGGAGUCCAAACGACAGUUUAUCUUUGAUGUCGUCAAUGAAGGCGGCGAGAGCGAGAAGAUGGAACUGUUUGUUAACUUCUGCGAGGACACCAUCUUUGAGAUGCAGCUGGCUUCUCAAAUUUCAGAGCCCGACCCGGUGGAGCGAACGGAGGAAGAUGAGGAAGACAACCAGAGUGUCAUGGAGAACCAGGAGGAGGAGGAGGAGGAGGAGGACAGCAUGUUAGAGUCUGCAUCUGCCUUCACAAUUGCCUGCAUCUCUCUGAAAAAAAGCCUCUGUCACUUCCGCCAAAUGCUAACACUGAAGAGCAUGAGGCGGAGGUACAGGAAAUUCAAGAAGAUGAGCGUGAAGGAGAUGGUGCGCAGCUUCUUCUCCUUCUUCUGGAUGAUCAUCACUGGACUCUUCCACUUGGUCUACAGCCUGAUUUGGGGUUUCUUCCACAUCUUGUGGACCAGCAUGUUUGGCGGUGGCCUCGUUGAAGGGGCUAAGAAUAUGAAGGUGACAGACAUUUUGGGCAACAUGCCGGACCCCACCCAGUUUGGCAUCCAUGGAGACGUUUUGGAGACAGAGAAGAUGGAGGCGAGCGAAGCGUCAGCGUUGGCGCAGCUGGGUCAGAUGGCUCAGGGGGAAGCGGCGGAGGCAGACCUGAUGGCCGAGCUCCUGAACAUACAGUCCAGAAAGGAGGGGAAGCACGGGGCUGAGCCGGGGCUGGGGGAUGUGGCUGAGGUGGUGGUGGGGGACGCUCCAUCCAUCGCCAGUGCUGUCAGGCAGAAGAAAGCACAGAUGGCAGCGAAGACGAGUGCUGUGAAUGGAGACUACAAAUCCGAUUCAGAGAAAGGAGAUUCGGAAGAUGGGGAAAAGAAGGACCAUGACAAGUCCAAAGAUGAAGGUCCUCCAGAGCCCCCCGCACAGGAGAAGAAAGUCCCGAAGAAAAGGCUCGGCCCGAGAAAAGAACCACCAGAGGCCUUCAUGGCCAGCUUCUUCGCUGGCCUGGAAAUCUACCAGACCAAGAUGCUGAACUACCUUGCCCGAAACUUCUACAACCUCCGCUUCCUGGCACUUUUUGUCGCCUUUGCCAUCAACUUCAUUCUGCUCUUCUACAAAGUAACCGGUGAUUACUCAGACGAUGAAGACCCCUGGAAUGGUCAAGGUAGAGCCGGCGAGGAGGAAGAUGAAGGGGCGGUUGAGUACUUCGUCCUGCAGGAGAGCACAGGCUACAUGGCGCCAACGCUUCGCUGUCUGGCAAUACUACACACCAUCAUAUCUUUCCUGUGUGUAGUGGGAUACUACUAUCUGAAGGUUCCACUGGUGGUGUUCAAACGGGAGAAGGAGAUAGCGAGGAAGCUGGAGUUCGCCGGCCUCUACAUCACGGAGCAGCCGUCUGAUGAUGACAUUAAAGGGCAGUGGGACAGACUGGUCAUUAAUACACCUUCAUUCCCAAACAACUAUUGGGAUAAAUUUGUCAAACGGAAAGUGAUCAAAAAAUACGGAGACCUGUACGGAGCGGAGCGGAUAGCAGAGCUGCUGGGUUUAGAUAAAAGUGCCCUGGAUUUCAACCCGACAGAGGAAACCGUUGCCAAGGAGGCUUCGCUCGUGUCAUGGUUGAGCUCAAUCGAUACCAAGUACCAAGUGUGGAAAUUGGGAGUGGUGAUCACAGACAACUCUUUCCUGUAUCUAGUGUGGUACACCACCAUGUCCAUUCUGGGCCACUACAACAACUUCUUCUUCGCCGCUCAUCUCCUGGACAUCGCCAUGGGCUUCAAGACCCUCCGCACCAUCCUCUCCUCUGUCACGCACAACGGCAAACAGCUGGUGUUGACGGUGGGCCUGCUGGCAGUGGUGGUCUACCUCUACACUGUGGUGGCCUUCAACUUCUUCAGAAAGUUCUACAACAAGAGCGAGGACGAGGACGAGCCGGACAUGAAGUGUGAUGACAUGAUGACGUGCUACCUGUUCCACAUGUACGUUGGGGUGAGGGCCGGCGGGGGCAUCGGGGACGAGAUCGAGGACCCGGCGGGUGACCCUUAUGAGCUCUACCGCAUCCUCUUCGACAUCACCUUCUUCUUCUUCGUCAUCGUCAUCCUACUGGCCAUCAUCCAGGGUCUGAUCAUCGAUGCCUUUGGCGAGCUGAGGGACCAACAGGAACAAGUGAAAGAGGACAUGGAGACCAAAUGCUUCAUAUGUGGGAUCGGUAACGAUUACUUCGACACGACGCCGCAUGGAUUUGAGACUCACACCUUACAAGAGCACAACUUGGCAAACUACCUGUUUUUCUUGAUGUACCUUAUCAACAAGGACGAGACAGAGCACACCGGUCAGGAGUCAUAUGUGUGGAAGAUGUACCAGGAGCGGUUGUGGGAUUUCUUCCCAGCUGGCGAUUGCUUCCGCAAACAGUACGAAGAUCAGCUCGGGUAGAGCAGACGCAGCCUCUUUACCUCUAUCAAUAUUCAGUGGGAUGCUGGAAUUUGUAGUCCAACAUGCAGCUUCUGGACUACAACACUACACAGUCAUCCCACCAACGGCCGGAGGAGAUACAAGGCAAAACUAGUUUUUAUCCAAAACAUGAGAAAAGUCUUCUUCUCCCGUCGGCCGUACCUUUGUCACCGUCGGAACAGGAAAUGAGCUGUAAGCAGACAUUUCAAUUUUUUUGUUUGGGACUCGUUCUUUGACAGCGUGUUGCCUUUUACCCCACAUAACCCCAAAUCAUUGCACAAUAUUUUAUUUUGUCUUUUUUGAGGAACACUGGGUUGUGUGGGGUUAGGGGACAAUGUGUCGGUCACAUUAUGCACAAGAACCCGACUUCAAUAUUUUGAGGAUGUUGAACUUGAGACUUAAAGCCAAAAGAAAAGCAGAGAAGUAUAGUAGACUUAUGUUGUGUGCAAAAAUGUGAUAUGGAAAAGUUAUGUUCUUCAGGUGUUGUAACCGUGAGAUGAAGUUUUAGAAUGAUGUGGAAAAAAAGGUUUAUGUAGGAUUUUUAAAAAUGCCUAAAUUUUUUCAUGAAGUGCCUUACUGUACUGUAACUACAUUACAAUGAAGCUAUGCAAGACUUUUGUUUAUUUCUUUAUUGGAUGUAAGUACAGUCGUUUUUCUGGAACAGUGACAUGUAGCUAUCCAGAAGUUUGUGGCUGAGGUUUUUUCAUUUGAAGAUGGAAGAACAAUAUCGGUUUGAUUGGUUUUUAUUUUUUUAAUUUUUUGCUGAAUGCAAACGUUCAAGGUAUGAAAUGUACAAAUACAUGAGAAUUUACUGAACACCUUCAGACAAGAACAAACAUUGAAUUGCUAUUGUAUGGCCAUUUGUAUGUAGUAGCUUUGCUGAUCUGUGCAUUUCUUUUGAUGGAAAAAAAUAAAGAAA